GUUGAAGCGCACCGGAAGGAAGUUACCAGGUCGUAGCGUGGAUCCGCAUGUGUUGGCGAGCUGAGAAACAAACUUACAAAAAUGAUUCGGCGAGAGGCUCGGCUCAGAAAGGAGUACCUGUACAGGAAAGCCCAGGAGGACAGACUACGCUCCAUCGAAGAGAAGAAACAGAAACUCAAAUCUGCAUUAGACGAUAAUCGCCUGAUUCCUACCGAGAUCCGCAAACAGGCCUUAAAUUUGCAGAACCUUCUGGAGUACGAUGAUGAGGGCGGAGAAGGCGUCAGUUCACAUAUGGACGACGAGUACAAGUGGGCCGGAGUGGAGGACCCUAAAGUGAUGGUGACGACGUCCAGAGACCCGAGCUCCAGACUCAAGAUGUUCGCCAAGGAAGUGAAGCUGAUAUUCCCCGGGGCCCAGCGCAUGAACAGAGGAAACCAUGAAGUCGACACACUCGUACAUGCGUGCAAGGCUAAUAACGUGACUGAUCUUGUGAUAGUGCACGAAACCAGAGGACAGCCUGAUGGAUUGAUCGUGUCCCACUUGCCUUUCGGUCCGACGGCGUAUUUCACUCUGUACAACGUAGUGAUGAGGCACGACAUCCCGGACAUCGGCACCAUGUCCGAGGCCUUCCCUCACCUCAUCUUUAACAACUUCACCUCCCGACUCGGCAGACGGGUGUCCAACAUUCUCAAGUACCUGUUUCCCGUUCCCAAAGAGGACAGCAGACGAGUUAUUACCUUCGGCAAUCAAAAUGAUUUCAUCUCCUUCAGGCACCACGUUUACAAGAAAACCGACCACAAGAAUGUUGAGUUGACUGAAGUCGGACCUCGGUUUGAAAUGAAACUGUACAUGAUCAAGCUGGGCACUCUGGACAACGAGAGCACUGCGGAUGUGGAGUGGCGUCAUCAUGCCUACACACGCACAGCCAAAAAGAGGAAAGUUUUAAGUGUGGAGUAAAUAAACUUUUUUUU